GUAGAGGUCCUUGAAAACGCUCGUUCCCUGAAAUUCCUAGGUUGCUUCCCCAAUCCUCAAGACAGUUCACCUUGCACCAAAAACUCCUCUCUACUCUUUUCCUGUAUUCACAAAAAGAAACACCACAAAUCCCACCAUCAGAACAGAAGAUCUAGCAGCGAUGAAAACAUCUACGCCCCGCCUGUAGAAGUCAUCAGUCCAUCCCCUUACGACACUGACCGGACAUGCGAAACGGAUGAGACUAGAUCCAAAGAUGACAUCUGUAGUACAGACGAUGAAGAAUACAUCCUUUCGGGCUUCAGAAAGCGUCCCAAAACCUUUUAUUGCGACCCAAACAGAUCAAGAGAUUCAGAUGGGUCACUGGUUUGUCAAGGAUCCAUUAGAGGUAGAAGAAAGCUAGAAAGUUCUGCCAGUUUUGGAAGUCAGCAGAGCUAUAAUGAGAGUGAGAGGGAGUUUAUAGCCCGAAAUAUUCGUCGGCCGUCGCAACUGAAUAUAUCUGCUAGAAGUCGAAAUGACAGAUUCCAACCAAGCCGAAGCGUUGACGAACUGAACGAUGCUGAAACAACGCGUCGACGAGAAGUAUCCGACACCGGUCGAGCAGCCAAAACACCUGACAUUUCCUUGGAUGAUCGAAGACAAAAGCACGUCAGUUUUGACAACGGUAAUCUGGUGCGCAGCAACACAGUGGCAGGAGGUCUUGAGGAUGUGGGGAGCGAUUACAGGGGUGGUCCAGCAGCCACUUCAACACCACUAAAUUCACAGCGAAGAUCUUUUUCUCCACCUCCGCGAAGAAAUAGAUCUCAAGAGCGCUUGCUGGAUGGUUUUGUGACAACAAGGCCACCUCUAGAGUUUAGUGACAGAUCCAGUUCUGCAUUGUCAACCAGCAGGCAGUACGACUCCAGUGGAG